AACUUACUCUUCUUACCUAUGAGUGGUGUGACUAGUGAGCAUCAAGACUUCGUAGUUUCAUAGUAGUAAAAAAUGGCGCUCGUUUGGUCCCCUAACGUUCUUCCCUCUUCCACUCCCACCGUAAACCCUAAUUACACUGUCCGUCACAAAUUCCCCAUCCACCAUAUAGCGCGACGUUCUCCACCCUGGUUCUCAAUCCGUUCCCCUUCGAGAUCUCGUAGCUGCUGCUUGCAUGUUCCAAUUGUUAAUGAAUUGGGAAAAGAAUCCGACGAGAGCAGUAAGCAAGGGGACAACAGUGAAGACUUAGGAGUCAAAGUGGCAUUGUCUAUGCUAAGGUUUUACAAAAGGGAAAUUUCACCAUUAAUGCCAAAGAGCUGUCGAUAUGUUCCAACUUGUAGUGAGUAUUCCAUGAUUGCUUACAAGAAGUAUGGUGUUGCUAAAGGCUCCAUCUUGACAGCCUGGCGCCUCUGUCGCUGCAAUCCCCUAGGUGGAUCAGGAUUUGAUCCUCCAAGAUGGUUUGAUGAGCCAAGCCCACCAGAACAAUGAAAUACACUAUGUGGUGGUAAAAUCAAAGAAAGGCCUCUGUUUAUAAAAGUAAAUUUGCAGCGAAUAGUGAUGUCAUGGUGGACAAUUGCGAAAUGUGGCUAGUUUUGUUCUUUUCUCAUUAUAUAUGUAUUGGCUAGUUUUGUUCUUUUCUCAUUAUAUAUGUAUUGGAUAGUUUGUUAAUUACUUGUAUGUUUAUAGGUUAAUGAUGAAUACAUAUUUUACUUCA